AUGGAGAGAGACGAGAAGAUAAGUCUGGUUGAUCAAAUAUUCGGUUGGUCAAUUAAAGAUAUGCUCAACAAAGAUAUCUACAAGGAAGAGAUAAGUCCAAUACCAGACAAGUUUAGGUCCGUUGAUGAAUACCUUAAUUGCUUUGUUCCUCUUCUUCUAGAGGAAACACGUACAGAGUUGUUCUCAAGCUUGAGAUCUUUGUCGAACGCUCCUGUCUGUUACAUACAUUACGUGGCGGCAGGGAUUAUUGAAUUUUCUGGUGGCUCAAAGUCAAACAAUUUCAAUAUAUCACUGAUGAGGGCUAAUGCAGAAGCAAAUUACGAGCCGAAAUGUGGAGAUCUCAUUGCUCUUUCAGAUCAAGCAAGAAGACCAAGACGCGUCGAUGACUUGAACCCACUGGUUCUUGGAUAUGUAUUCUCUGUUCAAGAUGGGCUACAUUUCUCUGUAUAUUCGUCUACAUCCUUAUCCAGUUCAUAUCGUUCCGGUGUUUUUCUUAUGAAUUUAACCACAAAUGUUCGUAUAUGGAACGCUUUGCACAAGGAAGGUACCAAUUUGAGUCUCAUCAAGAGUGUCCUACAGUCAAAUACCACGGAUACAGGGGAACCUGUUUCAUCUAGGAAUUUGGGAAAUGAUGUAUUCGACAUAAUACAUUCAUCGAACUUGAACUCUUCACAGAAAUCUGCAAUUUUGGGUUGCUUAGAGACAGGGAAUCCAUGUGACAAGACUAGAGUGAAACUGAUGUGGGGACCGCCUGGUACAGGCAAAACAAAGACUUUGGCUACUCUUCUCUUUGCCCUUCUCAACACAAGUUGCAAAACAGUUGUGUGCGCUCCCACAAACACGGCAGUGGUAGAAGUUGCAUCGAGGCUCUUGGCGUUAAUCAAGGAAUCUUCUUCAUCAGAACAUUCUACUUACGGUCUUGGGGAUGUAGUUAUAGUCGGAAACCGAGCCAGAAUGGGGAUAGACAGCAGGAGUGAUGAUCUCGUCCAUGUGUUUCUUGAUCAUCGCAUUCAAAAACUGAGUAAACUGUUUUCUAGAUGGGAACGGAGUUUGGAGUCAGUAAUAGAUCUUCUUGAGAAUACGGAGGUGAGGUAUCAGCUAUAUGUCUUGCACUGUAAAAGAAGGGGGUUAAGAGAAGCUGAAGAAAACAACAAAGACGUUCUUAUAAUAUUUGGACAGUUUUUAAAGAAAAUGAUUUUUGGCUCAAGUGAUGAAAUGGAGAGGGAAGAAAAGAUUCUUACAUUUGGAGAGUUUGUGAAAGAAAAGUUUGAUGGGUUAAGUGAAGAGCUGGAGAAGAUUAUGGUGGAUUUGUACACACAUAUGCCUAAGUCUUUUGUCACAUCUAAUGAUGUGAAGAAUAUGAUUGAAGCCCGUAAAGCUCUUCAACGUGUCAGGCGCUUCCUCCAGGAGAAUUCCGCUAUAACAUAUUUCAAGAUUGGAAGCUUCAUAUCCGAUAGCUUCAACAAAGUCGCCCGUUUUUUUUGCCUUAGGUCUCUACGUUUGCUUCCGAACCGUUUUGAGAUUGCCUCGAUGGGAAACGAGGAUAGAAGGAGGUUCUUCUUGCAACAUGCACAAAUAAUCUUGUGCACUGCCUCGGGUGCUGCAGAAAUGACCGCGGAACGGACAGGGUCUAUAGAACUGCUUGUAGUUGACGAGGCUGCUCAGCUUAAAGAAUGUGAAUCAGUUGCUGCAUUGCAACUUCACGGCCUGCGCCAUGUUGUUCUUAUAGGAGAUGAGCUUCAGCUACCAGCAAUGGUGCAAAGCGAGGUAUGUGAAAGAGCCAAAUUUGGGCGAAGCUUGUUUGAGAGGUUGGUUUUGCUUGGCCACAAGAAACAUUUGCUUAACGUUCAAUACCGUAUGCAUCCAUCUAUAAGUCUUUUCCCCAACAUGGAGUUUUAUGAUGGGAAGAUCUCUGAUGCUGCCAUUGUUAAAGAAAGCAACUAUCAAAAGAGGUUUCUUCAAGGAAACAUGUUUGGUUGCUUCUCGUUUAUCAACGUGGGACUUGGGAAAGAAGAGUUUGGUGAUGGACAUAGUCCCAAGAACAUGGUUGAAGUUGCUGUCGUUUCUCAAAUCGUCUCCAAUCUCCACAAAGUGUCAAGUGAGAGGAAGACGAAGAUGAGCGUUGGGGUUAUUUCACCAUAUAAAGGUCAAAUAAGAGCAAUCCAAGAGAAGAUCGGAGAUAAGUCAGAUGAGCUUUUCACUUUGAAUGUUCGAUCGGUUGAUGGGUUUCAAGGAGGAGAAGAAGACGUUAUUAUCAUAUCAACCGUAAGAAGUAACGGUAAUGGAAAAGUAGGGUUUCUCAGUAAUCGUCAAAGAGCAAACGUAGCACUCACACGUGCAAGGCACUGUUUAUGGGUUAUUGGGAAUGAGACAACCUUGGCUUUGAGUGGUACGAUUUGGACAAAGCUCAUAAGGGAAUCGAGGAGACGUGGAUGUUUCUUUGAUGCUGUUGAUGACAGUAAUCUAAGAACUGCCAUGAAUGAGGCGUUGCACAAUGUCGACAUGUCUGAUGUGUUUUCGAGUUUUGGAUCACUUUCCAUCAGGAAAGAGAGAAUAAAUGCUUGGUAG